GGUUCAGGUCUAUCAAAACAAACGAGAAAGGCAACAGCAAGCUGGCCGAAACCUGAAGGUCUGUUCUGUCGUGUGAGCAAGUAGCCCAGGUUUCGGAAGUCUGCAGCUAGCAAACACCUCGUGGAACAAGAGUAAACAGACAUUGUAAUCAAGUUCGAUUUUUUGUAAAGCUUUUUUGUAUUUUCUUCAGUUUCAAGGCAGGUGGGACAUGGCAGACGGAGGCUUCGACCCCUGCGAGUGCAUCUGCUCUCACGAGCACGCCAUGAGACGACUCCUCAACCUGCUCAGGCAGUCCCAGUCCUACUGUACAGACAACGAGUGCCUUCAGGACAUACCUGGCCCUGGUGGGCCUGUCUCUGAGGACCUGGCCAUGCCCCUGGUGUUGCUAGGCUGGUUGGUUCUAGCUCUGGUUAUGUUCCUGUUGCGUCCAGCCAGCCUGCGAGGCUCUCAGCCGGCCGACAAGCCCAGCGGCCCCCACAGCCAUCCAGCCCCCCCAGCCCCCCCGCUGGACUGAUGCUGGGGCCCGGAGAACCGUUCUGCACCGACACGCCCAGAACCAACGCUGCUGUUACCCUCUCUCCUGUCUCCUGCCAGACCCAACGCUGCCUCUCUCUCUGCUCUCCUGCCUCUCUCUCUUGCCUCUCUCCUGCCUCUCCCUCUUGCCUCUCUCCUGCCUCUCCCUCUCUCCUGCCUCUCUCUCCUCUCUCCUGCCAGGCCCAAUGCUGCUGUUACUCACAACUUUCCCUGUAUCCUCUCUCCUGCCUCUCUCUCCUCUCUCCUGCCUCUCCCUGUCUCCUCUCUCCUGUCUCCUCUCUCCUGUCUCCCCUCUCCUGCCUCCUUUCUCCUGCUUCUCUCUCCUGCCUCCUCUCUCCUGCCGCUCUCUCCUGCCUCCCUGUCUCCUCCUGCCUCUCUCUCCUGCCUCCCUGUCUCCUCCUGCCUCUCUCUCCUGCCUCCCUGUCUCCUCCUGCCUCUCUCUCCUGCCUCCCUGUCUCCUCCUGCCUCUCUCUCCUGCCUCCCUGUCUCCUCCUGCCUCUCCCUGCCUCCUGCCUCUCUCCUCUCUCCUGCCUCUUGCCCUCUCUCCUUCCCCUCUCUCCUCUCUCCUGCCUCUGCCUGUUUCCUCCUUCAUGCCUCUCUCUGUCUCCUCUCCUCUCUGUCUUUUGGCUCUGGCCUGAUUGGUAGUGGUGGGGGGGUAGAUGUUGCUUAGAAAACACGGCGCGCACAGAUCAAACAUUCCACAGUGAUGUCACAGUCCUGACUUCUAGUGCCAGUGAUGUCACGAUCUUGAAUCCUAGUGCCAGUGAUGUCACGAUUCUGAAUCCUAGUGCCAGUGAUGUCACGAUCUUGAAUCCUAGUGCCAGUGAUGUCACGAUCCUGAAUCCUAGUGCCAGUGAUGUCACAAUCUUGAAUCCUAGUGCCAGUGAUGUCAUAAUCCUGAAUCCUAGUGCCAGUGAUGUCACGAUCCUGAAUCCUAGUGCCAGUGAUGUCACGAUCCUGAAUCCUAGUGCCAGUGAUGUCACGAUCCUGAAUCCUAGUGCCAAUGAUGUCACGAUCCUGAAUCCUAGUGCCAGUGAUGUCACGAUCCUGAAUCCUAGUGCCAGUGAUGUCACGAUCCUGAAUCCUCGUGCCAGUGAUGUCACGAUCCUGAAUCCUAGUGCCAGUGAUGUCACGAUCCUGAAUCCUCGUGCCAGUGAUGUCACGAUGGGACAGAGAGGCUGGGUGUAGAAGGAAAAUGACUCACUCAAAGUAACACUUUCAUUUUUUUAAUCAAUUGCGCCAGUUUGAAAACUUUAAAAAAAAAAAAUAUAACAUUUUCUUUUAAGUUAGGGUUACCUUACCAUAUACCAUAUAUUGAGGAGUCUGAGUUUUCAGAUUUUCCCUUGAUUUAUCUCAGAAGUAGCUUUUCAUGUAAAGUUGGGAUGGAGGGUAAAAAAGAUUAUAGUUACUUGGACACAAAUCAAGUUGUCCUAAAAUUGGGGUUGAAUAUAUUCAAACUUGGGUCUUCUCUUUUUAUAACUCUGUACUGGACUGUACCAUACCUGUAAUGGACUGUACCAUACCUGUGCACAAAUGGUUGUAUAGUAAACCGAUGACAAAUGUAAUGUAGUUUGAGAUUAUACUCUUAAUAUUUUGUCAACACUUUUGUUAGCGUGUUUUCCUCUAUUAUGACUGUGUUGUUCUGGAUCUGUUGGUGUUAGGGUGUCAGGAUUGAAGAUGUUGGGCUUGGUCCCAAAGCCCUCAGAAAGCACCCUUCCUUAAGGUGGUUACAAGAGUGUAUGAAGGUGUCUGAAUGGUUCCCUCUGACUGACUGACUGACUGGGGAGUCUGGUUCUGGUCUAGUCUGGGUUGGUUCCAGUCAUCAACCAAGGCUGUUGGUUUAUAGAAAGGGCUCAAACUAUGCACUUUUCCUUUUUAAAACAACAAAUAAACAACUGUAAUAUAAA